GAGGGUGCCAGUUUCUUGAAAAUUCAAUUGCCUUUCUGGUCAAACCAGAUUUGGAGAUCACUCAUUCUCCACUGAUUUCUCAUUUUCGUUAGUUAGUUCUUAAGAGUCUGGAGAACACCUUUGCCUUAAUCGUCAAUCCUGUUGGUGCUGAUUUGUUCUUGUACUAUCAGUGGUCGUAUUUCAAACCUUGCUCAUAUUGAGCUCUGUCCGUGGAACAUGUGGAUAUGAAGGUAUUUUGGAACAACCUCACGUUCGUCGCUCUUCUUUCCUUUUCCGUGGAAUCGCGCACGGCCAAAGGGCCCAUGAACAUAUUCAAUCUAAUCGUCAAUAGUACACAGGGAAUGUAUCCCAAACUCACUUCCCAAGACGGAAUUGCAGGCAAAGGUAAGAUGACUUCUGCAAGCAGAGGAUCGCGUUGCAUGCAAAAGGUCAUCAUGGAGGAUGCCAUUGAAUACCAAGAGAGGCUGCAAUGCACAAUGGUGUCCGAGCAAUCAUGUUCCAUCACGUUCAAAACUGUGUUCAAGGCCAAGACUGUGAACGAAUGUCAAGAGUAUUUCAAGAAGACCUGCAUCAUUGAAUUCGAGCCGGUGGUCCAUUACAAACGAGUUCAAUUCUGUCGGGACUUUCCAAUUCAUCAGUGCUCCCAAUCAAACCAGAUCGAGGGUGGCUCUGGAAAUGACACGUGCAUUGAAGAUCACGUAGAAUUUUGCAUGAUUGAGGAGCCUGAACCCUUCGCCUCGUGUCCCAGGCACAUUCACGACCAAUGCUCUACAUCUAAAAACAGCCCAACCAGCGAAUCUGUCUGUUUAAGAAAUCAUCUAAAAUUGGGCAAUUGCCAAUUGAAAAAGCGAAGUUCCCAUGCCAGCCCGCGGCUCAACCACAAAAUGAUCUCUCCGAGGUGUCGGAAGGUGCCUCAACAUAUUUGCUUGUCAGAUUCAUGCUCUCGAGCUCAAAAACGAACUUGCAAAUUUCGCUUAAAAAAGAUUGUGAUUGAUGUUCCGCAAGAGACGUGCACCUUGUUACCUUUGGAACGCUGUGGACCGGCCACGAAGGUCCUGCCCUCGUUGCAAGCGCAAGAGCAUUGCAUAAACACGCCCAAAGAGAUUUGUCAGCCCGCCAGUUUGAUGCCCAAGCGGAGGAUCAAGUUACCCCGAGUUAGGAGAUGGUGCGAGGAUCGACGAGCAUGAGCAAAGUCAUACAGUUUCUGUAGAAAACUGCAAUAUUUGCCCACAAUUAUUUUCUCGAAUUGGUUGUGUUAUUGGGUCGAUUAUUGGAGCGUGUGUUGCGUCAAAAGUAAUGUAACACUUACUUAGCCCUAAGAGAGAACACAAAUUCACUUGAUGCAUAUAAAAAGUGUUCAUGGUGUGAUUUUUGUAUAUAGUACACUAGAAGUUUGAUUAAAUGCAAUGAUAUUGCACUUUCAUUGGCUGAGCUUGAUAUGAUGCCAUGUAUCCCCAACAAGUGGCAUGAAAAUAUAGAAAGCUGGCCUGGGAUCUGAUCAAAUUUGUUUACUUGUUAGAAAUUUGGAUCAAUAAUUGAAAUGAAAUGAAUAAACACAUGGUGAGACUUGAA